AUGCGGCAAAUGCGGCCAUGGACACUCAACGACGUCACUGCUUUGUUUUCUUGGUUGUUUCUGGGUCACAGUUUAUGGUUGUUGGUAGGCACCACAAGUUUUGUCUCUUUAAUCUUGUGGUUGGGCAACUCGCUCCAGUUUCAAGAGUGGAUCGCGUACAGAAUCGGCCAAUACCUCACAUCAGCCACGGGUGCAACUGUGGUAUUCGACUCGGCUAUUGUACCGAACUGGAAAGAUGGCAAGAUCCGUUUGAACAAUGUACAGAUCUAUCGAAUGCCUCGAUCCGAGCGCGCAAAAUUUGAACGACACGCAGCUUUGAUCAGCAGUGGACAGCGAAGCCUCGUAGAGAGCGAACAGCAGCAGCGGCAAGCGAUGACGGACGACGAUGAUCCACUUGCAGGUGUAUAUUUUGACGACGACGAAAAGGAUAAUGAAGUUCUGAAAAGUUGGAUGUGGAUUGAUUUAACACUCGAACGUGUCGAGGUGACUCUCAGUUUGAUGCGUUGGAUGGACGGCAAAGGCUUGGUGCAGAGUGCUGAUAUCAAAGGUGUGCGUGGGGUUGUGGAUCGACGACACGUACGAUGGACCGGCACUUACGAUCCUGUGUCGGCACGACACAAAUACACACCGGGCGAUUUCGAAUUGGGCAAAUUCACAUUGGAAGAUUUGCUUGUGACAGUAUACCAGCCCAACGGAUUCCGCCCUUAUCCGAUCUCCAUCUUCCAAGCGCAGCUCGAUCAAUUCCGCAAGCAAUGGUUGUUUUACGAUAUCCUAUGUGCCACGUCCAUUGUUGGUGCCUUCGACAAGUGUUUAUUCAGCGUGCAUUCGCCGCAGCUGGAAAAGAGCAUUCUUGAACAAUCCGGUCAUAUCGACUCCAAUAAACCCAGCUUCCGCAGCCACGAUAUCUACCAUUAUUAUCCAUUUGCAAAACCAGAUCCAAACGGUGUCGUGGUCGGUGGCGAGACGGAGCAGUUUGGUGUGCUAACGGAUCAAGGCAUGCGCAAGCAAGGUUAUAAACGCAAAUCUCGUUUGCGUGUUGAUGGUGUCAACAUUGACCAUAUUAAUCGUGGCGUGGCGGGACCGCCUGGAUGGAUCACAUCGGGGACGGUCGACACCUGCGCUGAUAUUUAUAUCCCAAAAGAAGCAUCCGAAGCCGACUCGACCGAAUUGUUACGUAAGCUUGUGUACGAAUUGACAGACAGCAUCGAAUUACCUCAGCCUGUCAUGCUUGGUGCCGGCAACAGUGACGAUCUCUUAGUCGUUGGACGUGGUGGAAACAGCGAAGCGUACAAAAAGAAGAUCCGCGAAGAACCCAAGAAGUUUGUCAUGGAUAUUGAUUUCCGUUUCAAAGAUAGCAAAGCAUCUGUGCCGCUUACUACACCCGAUUUGAGCUACGUCAACAACGCCAUGGUACGACCUGUUGUCGCCUACAUUAACCGCAACAAGACGAUCGUACCUAUCAAGUGCCGUGUCAUCAUGGAUUUGAGCAACUUUGAUGGUGCUUGGUCUGGCUAUGACUCGACAUUGAUCGACCAUAUUAGUGAACAGCUCGGUAAAGGCUUUGUGGACCUGACAAUGGAUCAGCAAAAGCACAAUCGACGUUUGAAACGAAUAGGCUAUUGGAGCUUGCGGGAAAUGCUUCGCAACAUUGUCAGUAUUCAUGAUAUGAUGCGCGUUACCUCUCGUGGCUUCUGGAGCUACCUUGGUACUGGGGGUGCCACGGCCUAA